AUGCACGAGCCCACACUCUGUCACAGCGUCAUCGCUUUUUUUCUAACAUCCAUCAGGUCCUCCGAAGCAGCGGAUGGGUUGAAUCGCGGUGGAUGUGAGGGUUUGUUGCAUGCUGCGCGAAGCCUUCUGUGCUCUACCUUUGUGAACAGCUACACUGAUUCCUUGGUGGUCCACGAUCGAUCGCCUCCUUUGCUGCGAUACAUCACGUCAGUUUCCAUCUCAUUCAGUGCCGGUCUGCAUGCGUCCAGUUUGGUGGUUUGUUUAGCUCUCACUCUGGAGCCCCAACUGGCCUCGCAAGUCCUGGUUCGAUUGUGUUGCGCGGCAUCAGCUAGCCCGGAAUCUGGUUCAAAUGGCGUCGGGGAAAUACCGGACAAUCCCAUAUCUGCGUUGUCGCUUUUCUUUCCUCUUUUGGAAGAACUUGAAGCCGGAUGGCUAGCACGCACUUCAUCUCAUAAGCAAGCCACUUGCGCCGCUCACUGGGCCGAAGCAUUUAGCUCAUUCCCGUCAUCAUCCUACUCGCAUCGACUUCUGGCCCACGAGUUUCUCCCCAGCAUUUUUGAGCUACUAAUGAACGAAAAGUCCUCAGACACCCAAUUGACCAAACGCGUGUUAAGAGCUUUAGUCUGGCUGAUCUACAAAGAACAAAAUCUGAACAGUCGCCAGCGUCUCGGUCCUCCCCAACUGGUAUUGGCCUUGGCCAUCCACUUGAUUCCGAUGCUAAAAUUGAUGUCCACUAUUACCGAUACACAGUCAUGCAGCCUCCUUUUGACUCUCUUGGACGCCGCCUCAGCGUUGUACAUCGAAACGAGUCCACCAUUCAAAAGGUGUGCACCACGCUCAGUCUCUCCCGGCGCACGUUGUCCCCCAGAGCACAGGUGCACCUUGUCGACGUCUCAAUGCUUGUCCGCUGGAAAAUAUUUAGUGGGAUUAUGGCACAAGAUGCUUGCCGCUCUCUCAUCCAUUGAUGCUUCUUCUUGUGAAGUUAUGGCGAAGUUGAAGCUACUGGACCGUAUCGAGGGUCUGCUGGUAUCACUUUCCACAAAAUAUCCUAUUUUACGAUGCACGAUCCUGCGCUUCUUACCCGACGCAAGUCUAACGAUUGCUAUGGCUAAAUCUACUGUGAACGACGUGAUGCCAUCCAUUUAUUCAAAAAUCAAAACCCGCUCCUUCGAUUGGCGUACGUUGCAUUCUCCUUCUUUCCUCCCGGACUUCAUGCUUCAAUCUCCGUCCGAUGUAGGUAACGGUUGUCGGGACAACUGCGAACAGCUUUUGCUGUUGGCCAGUCCACCUCCGGAUGAUGGCCUCGUGAGUCAAGUGAACGGGGAUAACCUCGCCAGGGGACAACUUCGCAGACCAAUGAAUACAGACCUAUCGGGCAACCUAAAGAAACAAACGGUUGGUGCUGGAUCCGACGCGGUUGCUAUCCAGUCAGCUACCACAGAUGCAUCCGCCGAUUGUAAUCAACUUUCUGGUGAUUUAUCUGGGUGUCAACCGAUCUAUUUCCAUUGGUUACGGUUAAUUGAUCGUCUUGUCUACGCUGCACCCAGUCCCUCAUUCUGCAGUCCGGAGUCCACUGGCCGAGUGUUGUCAACUCAGGCUCAGCUUGGAGUCCGAUUGGAGCAUUACCUGCUUCCUCAUGGACUGUGCAUUCCUCAAACCUCGAUAACUCACUUGCCGAAUCCACCUGCUCUGGUCCUUCCUCCGUCUGGAAUUGGCCUAGAGCGGGUGAUUGAGCUGGUGCACACCUUCUGCCCUGAGGUGAAAGCCCUUGCAACCAGUCUCCCAAGCGAUCAGCUUCAUCGUGCUUCACUACCCAACUUGUCCACUCCAAUGGCCAUACUGCUACUGCGUGCACUCGAUGUUCGUCGCAACGCGAUGAUGCUAGACACAAGCAAGCAAGAGUCGGUUACACCACCGAUGGACAACUCACUGGAUUCCCCCGAUCAGUUCAACGAAGAAUACCAGCUCCUCUUACCCUGUCCCAAACUGGUUCUCGGUCUGCUCAUGGGCUUGGAAGCCACUUGGGCAGGUCCGCUAGCGCCGCGAAUACCCAUCUCUGACUCAAUUCGCUAUCUUGAGGCCAACGAUGGACGCUACGCUCAAGGCAUCUUCCCGGUCAAGUCUUCACGCGAUGUUUAUUUUUCGCUGGCCAGGAGGCUCUCCGUCGAUUAUGGCCAACGUCGCGUCGAUUGUCGUUCUGCCCUGUUCCGGUUAACGCAAGACUUAUUGCUUUUGCUCGCUGAUUCGUGCUAUCGUCAAGACUACUGCGCAAUGAAAAAACAGCUUGCUUCCCUUGGUGAAGAGAUGGAUGGUGUUUCGCCACCCGACCGGGUUCAUUUUCCAUUAGAUCGACUUCUUCGUUGCCUCACUCCCCGCGAAAUGGCCAUUGUGUUAUCGGACAUCCGACGCAAUCUUCGGCUUCGGAUUGCGUUCGCCUGGGUGGGAGAGAACCGGCAUCAUUCCCCCGGUUCUGUCUCUGAUUCUGUGUUGAGCCUGAUCACCGCCGAUCGCCUGCCACCACCACCGGCCUUCAUCACUCCUGGCCUGCUACUCGCUAUUCUACACGCUCAUUUGAUGGAACGUGGUGUUGCGGAUAUAGUGGGUCCGCUGUUACAAGGAGUCACUUUGCUACAUCGCCUGUCACCUCCCAUGGAACAAUCUGUCACACCCGCGGACGCUAUGUUGGAGGAAGUCGAUGUGGACGGUGAAUUGAUGGUUGUUGUGAACGACUGAUCCGAUGUGCCGACAUACUUAUCCCAGUGUACACAGCCCCCUCCCUGAUACAGACUCUUCGCAUUCGCCGUCCGUCUUUCCUCUAGGCAAGCA